UGGAAUGAAUCGGCUAUUUUUGUUUGUGACGUGCUGAGUUCAAAUGGCGGAGGAGUUUGUCAAAGCUAAAAUUAAAGGAGACAAAGUCGUGCUGUUUACGAGGCCGUCGUGUCCGUACUGUAUUAUGGCCAAAGAUGUUAUGUCCAAAUACAAGUUCAAACCUGGACAUUUGGAGUAUGUGGACAUCGGCGCACAAAAAGAUAUGGGCAGCCUGCAGGACUACUUCCUGGAAUUAACCGGGGCCCGCACGGUCCCACGGGUUUUCAUUGGUGAUAAGUGUGUUGGAGGUGGCAGUGAUGUGGUGGAGCUGCAUGAGAGUGGUGACCUGGAGGUUAUGCUGCAGGGUAUCAGAGCCCUGCAGUGACCUACUAAAAAGUUUCCAGUGUCUUUGCAGGGUUCCACUUCCAGUCGCUGUCACAUGACUAUGCAGCGGGACUUGCGUAGUUUGCGGCGACGCUGUUGGUACUCGCUGAGCUCCUGCAGAUAGCCCCUGGACGGCCAGCGGAGCCUCUCCACCUGCUCCCGCUCCUCUUCUAGAAACAUACAAAUACUCAUUAUAAACGCUAAUCUUAUUGUCAACAGAGCGACAGAAUGUUGGACUGAGAAAAACGUCACAGUUAUGUUUCCUUGGCACACGUUCACUAGUGCAUAUCAUAAAUCACUCGACUGCUGCCAUAAAAACCGACAAGGUUGUUAACCCUGACAAGCAAGCAUAAGCCAACAGUGAUGAUGUCACUUUAAAUGUAUACGCUGGCCUUUUCUCCAUCUGUGCCCUUCAGUACCUGUCCAAAGCCUGCUUAUGACUGAACAAUAAAACAUGAUAAUAUUCCUUUCUGCA